AUUUGGACAUCCAAACAGUGCCCAAUUGUUCCAUGGUCCAUUAUUAUUCUAACGCGGCGGCUUUGAGAAGCUGCGUUCGCAUACCAUUUGAAACUUGAUGUCUGGUUUGGCUUCCGUUUCUCUACAGCACUCAACUUUGAGAAGAAGAAUUUAGAUAGAGAGAGGGGGGGUAUAUACAUACACGCACAUAUAUAGAGAGAGAGGAUGCCUCCGCCGAUCAAAGAGCCGUGCAAGAAGGAGGCGUGCGACAUUCAAGCUUGCCUCUCUAAAAACAACUUCCUCCCUCAGAGGUGCAUUAAAGUCAUUGAAUCACUUCAAUCAUGCUGCGAGAAAUGCGAAAAUAAGUCGACACAUUGUGCCUCUGUCUCUGGCCUUCUAAAGCAAAUGCCCAAGUAAGAGCCCAACUAAUUUUAGUCUUUUAGGUCUUCUAUGGUGUUGUAGGUGUCUGCAAAUGGUGUUGUAGGUGCAUUAAAGUCAUUGAAUCACUUCAAUCAUGCUGCGAGAAAUGCGAAAAUAAGUCGACACAUUGUGCCUCUGUCUCUGGCCUUCUAAAGCAAAUGCCCAAGAAGAUUAUUGCGAAGAAAGAGGAUGGUACAGCAACAACUACACAGUAAGAAUCGUACCCUCUACACUGACCGUGGUUUUACAUCUUGUUUUUGAAGUUCAUGCUAACAAAAGCAACACAUCCCGGGAUUUGGUACAUAUAUGUUUUUCCGCAUGCGGAAGGAAUUUUGUAGAUCAUAAAUUCAUAUGUUACACAGCUGGUUGUAUAACUGAAUCAAAUCCUCAAGUAAAAGUACUGGGGUGAUAUUAUUGUUGUAACUAAAAUCUUAGUUCUCUCAAGUACAAAGCCAAAAUGAAAUGUCAAAGAUCAUUUCCUC